AUUGACUGGUUUUAUAAUUCCAUAUAUGUAUAUGCCCUCAGCUCUUCUAAUCGCAGUCGACUGUCAUUAAAAUGAAAGCGUUGGCCACGUCUACUUUGUUUUGGCUAAUGUGGUUUAGCUCCCACAUUGGCUUAAAGUGUGAGGAGCGUAAUUUUCGCAUAAAGAUGGAUGAGUUUUCAGUUAAAUAUAAGGUGCGCGAUUUGAUACAGCAUAUAGAUUUCCGAAUCGUUAAUCUGAACAAUCGGAGUUACGUUAACGGUGAGAUGAUAGUGAACUCUGAUGUGAAUGAUAUAUUAAUGCACACAACUAUGGAUUUUUGGAAGACAACCACCCAAAAGAAAAUAAAGCUAUACGAUGGUCGUUUGGAUGCAUGUCAAUUCCUAAAAACUUCUCACCGAAAUGGAUUGUUUAAAAUUUACGUGAAAAGUUUUAAAAAGCACGUAAAUGGAAACCUAGCUUGUCCCCUAAAAAUGAAUUUCAACUACACCCUGACAAAUUGGCAUAUGGAUGAGAGAGAUCUACCUCCGUUUGUUCCCUUGGGUAAAUUUCGGACUGUCACCGAAUAUUUUACACAAGACCGAUUGGCACUGCGAAUCGUGACGCAAGGAAAAGUGCUUUCAUACAAGACGAAUUGAAAAUGAGAUGUAGCAGAAAACAAUUUGGGCCACAUUUUGUAUAUAAGGAUGCGAAAAGAUUACCAAAAUGGAAUUUUUACUUUACCCACAAUAAUAUUUCUUGUAGUUUUAAUACUAUAAAAACUCAA